AGCCAGGCUGCAAAAAAAAAAAAAAAGUGAAUUUACUUGAGAAGAAGAAGAUUUUGGAUGACGGGGCGAGCACACGUGGAUGCAGACUGGAUGGAAACUGAUGCAAACUAACCACAACUACGUCUGGUUGCAAGGGGAUGAUACACCUGGGUCGUUUCUUUUAUUAAAGUAGUCUUUUUUUAGUCGCUGUCAACAUGCAGAGUCCGGACGAGAGGGAGACCAGUCCCCCCAGGUCGGACAGGAGGUUCGCCCUGACUUACGUGGGCUGGUCGUCGCUCGACAGGCGGACCACGCUGCCCAUGCUGCCGUGGCUGGUGGCGGAGAUCCGCAGGAAGAGCGAGAGAGGCGACCUCGGCCCGGCGGUGCAGCCGAGGGACGUCCAGCUGGUCCUCAACCCCCCGUUCGUCCGGUGCGUGCCCUCCAGCAGCAGCAGCUCGUCCGUGUUUAUAUUCGAGCACAAGGCGCAGCUCGUCUCGCGUUUCAUCCACAACAGCAACGACCUCUCCUACUUCGCCUAUCUGACGAGGGGCCAGCCCGACAACCCGGAGUCCGAGAUGACCUGUCACGUCUUCAAGGCCUGCGACCCCAACCAGGUCCCUGAGGUGAUCAGCAGCAUUCGCCAAGUGUCCAAAUCAGCCUUAAAGGAAGACACCAAGCCCAAACAGGAAGCCGACGAGGCCUUCUACAACUCCCAGAAGUUUGAAGUGCUUUACUGUGGCAAGGUGACAGUUCAGCACAAAAAGGCUCCAGUCACCCUGAUCGACGACUGCAUCGACAAGUUUCGUCUGCAUGAGGUGGAGCGCAAGCGCUUGCGACUGCUCAGUGGCCAGCGAGGGUCCACAGAGAGUGCCCCAGUGGAGUUCCUCAUCGGGGGAGAGGGAGACCCCCUCUCCACUGCUCUGAAUGAGAGUAUAGAGUACACAGAAGGAGUGGAGGACAUGACAGGAGUUAAAGGCCUGUCUAACAGUGGCAGUCAGAGCAGCCUGCGAGGAACGUUCCCCGAGUGCAUCCUGGAGGACUCUGGGUUUGAGGAGCCCCAGGAGUUCCGUACGCGCUGCAGCAGUCUGGCCGGGAGCCUGCAGAGGAAGCCUGGGGAAGGCGUUCUCAUUGGCCCUGCACGCCGCAGACACUCGAGCGCACCGAACCACGUUCAGCCUUCUGACUCGGACAAGAACCGCACCAUGCUCUUCCAGGUCGGGCGUUUUGAAGUUAAUCUCAUAAGUCCGGACAGUAAAACGGUGGUGCUGGAGAAGAACUUCAAAGAUAUCUCAUCCUGCUGUCAGGGUGUCAAGCAGUCCGACCAUUUUGGAUUCAUCUGCCGCGAUCAAUCCGAGGCCGGUCCCAGUCAGUACGUGUGCUACGUUUUCCAGUGUGCCAGCGAGUCCCUGGUGGAUGAGGUGAUGAUGACCCUGAAGCAGGCCUUCACGACAGCAGCGGCCUUACAGAGCAACAAGACCCAGAUCCAGCUGUGCGAAGCCUGCCCCAUGCACGACCUGCACAAGCUCUGCGAGCGGAUUGAAGGUCUCUACCCACCCAGAGCAAAGCUAGCCAUCCAAAAAUAUCUCUCCAAGCUGACUGACAACGAGCAGGCUGAGAUUUUUGAGAGAGUUCAGAGACUGAAGCCCGGGUCGGACCAAGAGGAGAACGAGCUGGUGGUUCUCCAUCUGAGGCAGCUCUGUGGAACCAAACAGAAGUCCCAUCUUCACAUCGGAGAUCCCCUGCAGAAUGCAGCCAACAGCUCGUCGGCAGGAGACGGCACGGCCACCAGCAGUCGCUUCAAACUCGACAUCCUCAAGAAUAAAGCUCGCACCUCGCUCACCAGCUCCCUGGAGAACAUCUUUGCAAGGGGUGCCAGUCGGAUGCGGGGCCGUUUGGGAAGCAUGGGAAGCAUCAGCAGUUUUGAAAGGCAGGAUGAGGAAUCCCCCGGUCACUCCCCUCCGGGCUCCCCUCCUUUCCCUGACGACGACGGCGGCGACCCGGAAGGCGGCCUGCAGUUCCGCCGGCGUGCCCACACCUUCAGCCAUCCACCCGUGAAGAAACGCAUCUCCUUUGAGGGCCAGCCGGGCGGCCAGAGCAAACAGGCUCCGCUGCGCAGACAGCAGUCUGUCAACCCCGACCUGCUGCAGAGCAGUCCCGUUGCCAUCUCGAGAACGCGCAGCGUCUCGGAGAGCGAGUCCACCUUCGGCCUCCCCUCCUCCUUCUCCGCCCCCACUUUCCUGAAAAGCAUUUACCAGGGCUCACUGGGCUCCCUGAGCUCCCUGGCAGACAGUGGGAGCCUCAAGAGCAAUGGGGAAGGCAGGAAGAGGACCCUGUCCACCUGCAGCGGCGACUCGGUAAGCGGGGGCCUCCCUCCGACCCCACGCAGGGUGUCCUGGAGACAGAAGAUCUUCCUGAGGGUCGCCUCGCCCAUGAACAAGCCGGCCGCCUCGAUGCAGCACCCAGACCACUCUGACGGCAGGGAGCUGUUACCUCUCUCUCCCCGCGGCGGAGGCUCAGGUUUUGAUCCUCUGGGGCGUCUGCUGCACCCGACAGGCGACCCCCUGUCCGGGGAGAGGCCUAAGAGGACCGGGGCAGACCACCGGGCCCUAUGGAAGACUGCCAUCCACCAGCAGAUCCUGCUGCUGCGCAUGGAAAAGGAGAACCAGAGACUGGAGGCGAGCAGGGAUGAGCUGCACAUCCGCAAGAUGAAGCUGAACUACGAGGAAGUGGGCCAGUGCUCCAAGGAAGCUCAGGCAUUGUGGGAGAGAAAACUGACGGCCCCGGGCAGAACGACAGUCCCGCAGGAUAAGGAGGAGAUGUAUCACGCUCUCCGCCAAGGUGUUCCUAAGAGCAGGCGCGGGGAGGUCUGGCAGCUCCUUUCCCAUCAGCACCGGCUGUGUCACAGGAUGCCCCAGCGCCAGCAAGCCCCAGACACCCCCUACCAAGACCUGCUGAAGCAGCUCACCGCGCAGCAGCACUCUAUUCUGGUGGAUCUAGGCCGGACCUUUCCCACCCACCAGUACUUCUCAGCCCAGCUGGGCGCAGGGCAGCUCUCACUCUACAACCUCCUGAAAGCCUAUUCUCUGCUGGAUACAGAGGUCGGCUACUGCCAGGGCAUCAGCUUCUUGGCCGGAGUGCUGCUGCUGCACAUGAGCGAGGAACAGGCCUUUGACAUGCUGAAGUUCCUCAUGUACGACCUCGGCAUCAGGCAGCAGUUCAGACCCGACAUGGUCUCUCUGCAGGUUCAGAUGUACCAGCUCUCCAGACUGUUGCACGACUACCACCGCGACCUGUACAAUCACUUGGAGGAGCACGAGAUCAGCCCGAGCCUCUACGCGGCGCCGUGGUUCCUCACGCUCUUCGCCUCACAGUUCCCGCUCAACUUCGUGUCCCGCGUCUUUGAUUUUGUAUUUGUGGAAGGGACCGGGGUGAUCUUCAAAGUGGCUCUCUGUCUGCUGGGCAGCCAUGAGGGGGAGAUAGUGGAGUGUGACAGCUUCGAGAGCAUCGUGGACUAUCUGAAAACUACAAUUCCCGCCCUCACUCAGACCCAGAUGGAGCAGACCAUUGCCAAGGUAAUGGAAAUGGACAUUUCCAAGCAGCUGCACGCGUACGAGGUGGAGUACCACGUCCUGCAGGAUGAGAUGUUGGAAGCCGGGCCGCUGCCCGAUGACUCCGACCGGCUCGAUAAACUAGAAAAGGCCAAUGUGCAGCUGAAGAAGCAGAACAUGGACCUGCUGGAGAAACUACAGGCUGCGCGGCAGAAGAUCCAGACGCUGGAGACGAGCGUGGAGAACUUCCUGUCUCGGGAGAGCAAAAUGAAGCACAUGAUUCGCUCUCUGGAGCAGGAGAGGGUAGCUCACCAGAAGACCAUCGAACGCAUGCGCUCGUGCCUUCCCCCCGACGCCCUGACAGAUGUGGAGAUGACCCAGAUCAAAACGGGACCCAACGUGAAAGCCAAAACCGUAGCCAAGAAACCCUGAUGGCAACCCAGGGUGUGGGGGUGGUGGGUGGGGGGGACAUACAAGCAGAGACUGAGGUGAACAAGCUGACACUGCUUCAGCGAGGAGGCUGCCGAGCUCCACAACUAUUGUUGUACAGCUGCCUCGAGUGUCAGGGUUUGUAAGUGUGUGACGUGUGGACUUUGUAUGGGAAACAUCUACGUGGUGUUCGUCAGAAUAGAGCAGUGGGAGGAUGGUUCCGUCGUAUUGGCGACAGACUGUUCCAAUCGGUGCGUCAAAAGCUGCCUCUCCUUCUCGUCAGUUUCACUGCCAGUUUGAAAGGUGAGAUCAAGAUGCGCAACAUCCUCCCUAUUGAGAUCUUUUUUUAGAAAUCAGGGGGGGGAUUUUCUAGUUUGACACACAAUGUGUCUGCCUCAGCAAAUCCUUUUGAGAGACUGCUUUAUGUAUUUGCUACAAGUCUCUGUAGCACCACAAAAGCAGUUAAAAAAAGUUGCCUGUUGGCAAACAGUCCUUUGGACCUCAGGUUCAGCUUAUAGCCAUUACCAGAGUGUGUGUGUGUGUUUGUGUGUGUGUGUGCAUGCGUGUGUGUGUGUUUGUGUGACUCUGGAGUUGAUGCCCCAUUGUUUUUGAACUUGUGUCUGUGAUGGAAACCCUGCCUCAGAGUGCUUUGUCAUUUCCUUGUGAAGGUAAUUUCCCUCCAAAGAUCGUUAGUUGUUGUACAGAGACACCUGAGUGCAUGUUUUUCGCCAUAUUAGGCUUUUUUAACUUCCAGCAGACACAUAUGUGUAUCUGGGCGCUAGUCGCUCAGCACUGCACCACUGCCUUCACGUGAGAGACCUUUUAAUACGUGCACUUGCGAGGAGGAACGUUUUUUUUCUAAAUCUCUAGGGCAGGAUGUCAGUUCGUCUGCCUUCUCGGUUUCCUGUAUGAUGACCGCGGUGUCGCCUCGUUUAAGCGCUGCUGUUCAGACGCCGAGUCCGGAGGUUCACGCUCCCAAGAAAGAAGGCAAAGUAAAAACAGACUGAGGUGGAGGAGUGAUCUGAAUUAACAUCACACAUGCUUAUGUUCUAAAAGUCUGGAUGACAUUUUUUUGUUUUUGUCACCCCCAAAGUUUCACAAAACUGUCAACGCCCUCUCUCUUCCUGUAGUUCUUAAAGGUGGGACAUCAAGCAGAUAGUUGAUUGGCUCAAUUUGCAGUUGCCUUUGCUUUUUGGUCACACAGCCAAUUUCAUGUUUGCAGUGAAGCUCAAGUGUUUAGGUGAGUAGAGAGACCGCAAAGGAAACGAGGAACAUAAAUUCAGUUCCCUUUUUUGAGUGUGGUCGAGUCCCUCCCGAUGCUGAGUAAUGUAUACAGUACAUGCGCGCACACACAGACACACACACACACACACACACACACACACACACUCGCAUGCAAACAAGCUGCGCGGUGAACUGUCUGACUGCAUGGGCAGACGGUUCAGAAGAGUUCAAAGCCCCGUCACUGCCUCCCUCCUCAGUUUAGUUUUCAUCCCACCUCCAUGUCUGACUCACCAUCACCGGUUCUGAUUGAAAGCAAAACAGGCCUGGGUUUCACUCUGCUUCCAUAUAAAAACACCCUUACAUUAAUACCAAGGUGAUGUCUUAUCACAGGAAAAGCACUUACCAGCGGUGUCUUUCAGUCUUCCUGCCCUGGGUGACAUGUUGUGGUGACGCAUUUUAGUGUCCGUGUAGAGUUUUUAUUCUCAAACUUUAUCCAUAAACAGGCGUAACCUUUGACAAUGUGAUACAUUUGUCUUUAGCAAUCCUGUGUGAUUUAAUGCACCCAGAGCACUUGCCUAUACUUUUGAUGCAGAGUUAAAGGAGCUACAGUUACUUACAGAAAACGUUGUGACGAAGAUAAAUUCUCCCUAAUGUUCCCUGUCGCGGUGAAAUAGUCGCCUCUUCACGGUCAAACAACUCAUUUUGAACUCUGCGAAAUGAUGCGUAGGACACGGCCUUACACGAAUCCUUUGCUGGUGUUUUGCUCUUACAGUGUUUGUGCAUUAUAUAGAUUGACCUUUGAACCAAAGAUGUGGUUGCUUUUCAAAGAAAAAUGAACUAAUGAAAAAUGAAUGAUUUCAUCCAAAAUGCUGUGUUGCAUUAUGAAUAUGUAUAUUUACACUUUUUUUCACUACACCUUUGCAGCUUUCUUCUGGUUUGUAUUAUGACAAGAGCUUGACGGUAUACUAAAUAUUGUCAUCAAAAACUUGAAAAAAAAGAACAGUUGGCCGUCUUGUUUACUCAUUGUAUUCCUUUGUGCCAAAAAAUAAAUGAUGGCCUUUAAUCUCCAUUGAUCGGAGGUAUGUGACCAUUUUGUCAAUAUCCAAUGUGGUUAGCAAAGGGUGUUUAUUGUACUUCAGGUGCUCCGAGUCCUGACUACUAAAUAGUGCUUGUAACGCUGUUUUGUAAGGAAAGACUUUGACUUAAUAAUAGAUGGAUUGUUGUCGACCGAGGGCUCUUCAAAAAACAAAGACACUGUCAUGAAUUCUUCAAUAAACUUCACCUUGCCUUGUUUUCUGUCUACUCAUAC